AUGAAGAACAUUAUCCUCCUGACCGUCUCUCUCCUCGCGGCCUCCACCGCCGCCCUACCUACUCCCCCCUCCUCCACCUCCACCUCCAGCUCUCUCUCUGCCGCCGACCCGGACUGUGGCCGAAGCGGCUACAACUGCGGAGACCCCGAGCCCUCGGCUACCCCGGUAUCCAUCACCAGCAGCGGCCGAAGCGGGUACAACAAGCGGGCAGACACCGAUGGCCGAAGCGGCUACAAUGGUGAAGAUGAUGACACGGUCUCCGUCACCGGUGGCAGAAGUGGCUACAACAAAGCCCGGGAUCAACAGGCCGAUACCGAUGGGAGGAGCGGCGGUUACAACAAGGCUCGUGACCAGCAGGUUGAUACCGAUGGCCGGAGCGGAUACAACAAGCGCGCUGAUACCGAUGGCCGAAGCGGCUAUAACGGCGAUGACGAGACUGUCUCGGUGACUGGUGGACGCAGCGGAUACAAUGGCGAGGACGAUGAGACUGUUUCCGUCACCGGUGGACGCAGCGGCUACAACAAGCGCGCUGAUACCGACGGCCGCAGCGGCUAUAACGGGGAGGACGAGACUGUUUCCCUUACUAGUGGACGGAGUGGCUACAACAAGCGCGCUCCCGAGGCUGGUAGGAGCGGAUACAAUGGCGAGGAUGACGAAGCUGUCUCGGCCACCGGUGGACGCAGCGGUUACAACAAGCGCGUCCCUGAGGCUGGAAGGAGUGGGUACAACGGCGUCGAGGAGGAUGCCGAGAGCAACUAA